GAGUUGCCAGGUCUCCCGGCUCCAAUCACUCCUCACUCUGGAGACACUGAACAUGGGGGGAAAGCCGGCUGGGGAGGAGGCCUACGGGAAGCCAGUCAAACACGACCCUUCCUUCCGAGGCCCCAUCAAGAGCAGGGGCUGCACCGAUGUCAUCUGCUGUGUCCUCUUCCUCCUCUUCCUCCUGGGCUACGCUGCGCUGGGCGUCGUGGCGUGGGCGUAUGGAGACCCCCGGCAAGUCCUCUACCCCAGGAACUCCACCGGGGCCUACUGCGGCAUGGGGGCCAACAAAGAUAAACCCUAUCUCCUGUACUUCAACAUCUUCAGCUGCGUCCUGGCCACCAACAUCAUCGCGGUCGCUGAGCACGGCCUGCAGUGCCCCACGCCCCAGGUGUGUGUGUCCUCCUGUCCAGCGGCCCUCUGGGUCGUGAGUCAGGGUGAGCUCUCACUGACGGUCGGGGAGGUCUUCUACGCUGCAAACCGGACUGUCUGUCGGCCAGGGGUGCCCUGGGACAUGCCAGUACUCCAAAGCCUGGAACAAGACCUCUGCCCCAGCUUCCUCCUCCCCUCCACUCCAGCUCUGGGGCGCUGUGUUCCAUACCCCAAUAGUACACAGUUCGAGUUCCCAGGGAUCCCUGGCAACACCUCCAUCAACCAGGGGAUCAGUGGUCUUCUGGACAGCUUCAGUGCCCGCGACAUCAGCGUUAAGAUCUUUGAAGACUUAGCCCAGUCCUGGUACUUGAUUCUUGUUGCCCUGGGCGUGGCUCUGGUCCUGAGCCUGCUGUUUCUCCUGCUGCUUCGCCUGGUGGCCGGGCCCCUGGUGCUGGUCCUGAUCCUAGGGGUGCUGGGGGUGCUGGCCUAUGGCAUCUACCACUGCUGGAAGGAGUACCAGGUGCUGCGGGACCGGGGUGCCUCCAUCACCCAGCUGGGCUUCACCACCAACCUCAGCGCCUACCGCAGUGUUCAGGAGACCUGGCUGGCGGCCCUGAUCCUGCUGGCUGUGCUUGAAGGCCUCCUGCUGCUCAUGCUCAUCUUCCUGCGGCAGCGGAUCCGCAUCGCCAUCGCCCUCCUGAAGGAGGCCAGCAAGGCUGUGGGACAGAUGAUGUCCACUAUGUUCUACCCGCUGGUCACCUUUGUCCUCCUGCUCAUCUGCAUUGCCUACUGGGCCAUGACUGCCCUGUACCUGGCCACCUCAGGACAACCUCAGUACGUCUUCUGGGCACCCAACACCAGCUUCCCCAGCUGUGAGGCCGUGCCAGUGAACGCAUCGUGCGACCCGAUGGCUCAGCCCACGAACUCCUCGUGCCCCGGACUGAUGUGCGUCUUCCAGGGCUACUUGUCCACAGGCCUGGUGCAGCGAUCUCUCUUCAACUUGCAAAUCUAUGGGGUCCUGGGGCUAUUCUGGACCCUCAACUGGGUCCUGGCUCUGGGCCAGUGUGUCCUGGCUGGGGCCUUUGCCUCCUUCUACUGGGCCUUCCACAAGCCCCGGGAUAUCCCCACCUUUCCCCUGGGCGCUGCCUUCCUCCGCACGCUGCGUUACCACACCGGGUCGCUGGCCUUUGGGGCCCUCAUCCUGAUGCUGGUGCAGAUAGCGCGGGUCAUCUUGGAGUACAUUGACCACAAGCUGAGAGUCGCCCAGAACCCCGUGGCCCGCUGCAUCAUGUGCUGCUUCAAGUGCUGCCUCUGGUGCCUGGAGAAGUUCAUCAAGUUCCUGAACCGCAACGCGUACAUUAUGAUCGCCAUCUACGGGAAGAAUUUCUGCGUCUCCGCCAGAGACGCCUUCAUGCUGCUCAUGCGGAACGUGGUCAGGGUGGUCGUCCUGGACAAGGUCACGGACCUGCUGCUGCUCUUCGGGAAGCUGCUGGUGGUGGGAGGUGUCGGGGUCCUGUCCUUCUUCCUCUUCACGGGUCGCCUGGGGCUGGGCCAAGACUUGGAGAGCCGCCCCCUCAACUACUACUGGCUGCCCAUCAUGAUCGCCGUCCUGGGGGCCCACGUCGUCGCCAGCGGCUUCUUCAGCGUCUUCGGCAUGUGCGUGGACACGCUCUUCCUCUGCUUCCUGGAAGACCUGGAGCGCAACGACGGCUCCGCGGCCCGGCCCUACUUCAUGUCCAAGGCGCUCCUACAGAUUCUCGGCAAGAAGAACGCCGCGCCCCCGGCGGGCAAGGGGAAGAAGCCCUGAGCCGGCGCCGCCCGCGCAGCCUCCCGGCCUCCCCUCCGCUCAGGCCCUGAUUUUGUAGUAAAAAGAUGCCAUUAAAGAUUGACACAUAUUUGCUUUGG